AUGCCGUCCGCCGCGGCUCGGCGCAUGCGCGAGGAUCAAAUACCGUCCUUCAUGUCCGUGUUUGACGUCGACGCCGAGGCCAUGUCAAAUCGGGAAAGCGUCCCCCUCGUUGACACGAAACAGGUCGGCGGGCAACCAAAAGCACCCUCCCAUGCCGGCCCUUCUUCGCAGGCGGCCUUCAAUCCGAGCUUGGUGCCGGCCGUCGAGCUUCACAAGCAUCACGAAAUGACAUCAACCCAAACGUCCGAGUCGGCAGACUCGUCUCCGACCACGACGCUAUCAACGACCGACUCGUCGGUACUUUCAGACCCGUCGCCCUCCUCGUCCCCCGACUCUCCCGUCAAUCUCAUUCCGUUGAACAACUACCCGUCGACGUCGUUUGGUUUCCAACCUGGCCAAGGAUCAAUGCUCAGCAUUCCCGAAACCUGCACGACGGGACGUCCCAGGACUUCGCCCAUGCCUCGUCGGCCUCGCAACAUGAAGGGACUGUCGAUUCAACCUCCGACGCCCUCGACGACAUCGCUCAACUCCCUCGUCGGCGACCCUUCGUCUCCUUCCUUCAUCAAACCCUCGAUCCCCGCCAUGCGACGAAAGCCCAGCCAGCUCAGCCUCAAGACGAGCAGCAAUGACCUGAUGACGAAGUCAUCGAUGGAAGUGCCGCCGUCUCCGGCGAUGCCCCCGAUUUUGCAACGCCGAGCCCUGAAGCACUCGACUUCAUCCCCGCACAUGCUCUCCGGACUCAAGUCGUCUGCUUUCGGGCCCAGCGGAGGGAUGGCGUUUCCCAAAGUUUUGGAGCGGAACAAGUCGGGCCUGUCCGAAGUCCUGCGGCCCAUGAAAUCCAUCGCAGACACCAAGAUCGAGGUGCCCAUCGUUCAGGAGGAAUCGUCGAUCCGCAUGCAGCUCGCCAACCGCGCCGGCUACGAGCCGUACCAUGAAAAUGUCAACAAUGAGGACCAAAAGUCCCCAGGAUACCCGCUCGGUCCUAUCGCCAUAUACGGAGACAAUGUGUACCUGUACUUGGAACCAUCGGCUGAAGAGGCGUCCAAGUUUGAUGUGGUCAUCAACGUUGCCCGUGAAGUCAACGACCCAUUUUCCCUCGAAACCGAGCCACAACUUCACUCCACCUCGCCGAAGGACAGUCCCACUGCCGAUUCCGCCGGUACCACCGCCGGCGAUGCGACCGUUCGCGAAACCGAGGUGACUGGUGACAAGCUGGUGGAAAGCCCGACGACGCCAAAGGCAAACCCACUUGAACGACCGGAGUACAUCCAUGUUCUGUGGGAUCACAAUACCGACAUUGCCCCUGACCUGAUGCGUCUAUGCGAGACCAUCGACAAGCGGACCAAGGACGGCAAGAAGGUGCUCAUCCAUUGUCAGCAGGGAGCCAGUCGCUCGGCCAGUCUCAUCAUCGCCUACGGCUUGUAUCAGAACCCUGAAUUGAGCGUAAAUGACGCCUAUUAUGCGGCGCAAGCCAAGAGUCGCUGGAUUAGCCCGAACAUGAAGCUCAUGUACUCGCUUCAGGACUUCCACAAAGAAUUGUCCAAGAAACGCCUACCAUCCAGCUCGACCAACCGUCCCAGAUCUGGCCGGAGCCCGACGCAGCACAGGCUGACCCUGUCGGUCGACGCCAUCGACAUGGCGCCGCAGGAGCCUCGUACGGCACCGUUGCCGAGCGAGAGCCACAAGGCCAACGGCGACACUUCUCACCAGAGCCUGACUCGUCCGAGAGGCAAAUCCACGCCUGGAAUUCAGACGAUAUCAGCCGGUCCCGCCUCGGCUCCGCUGACGUGCUCCUGGAGGGAGUGCGUUCAAGACAAGCGGCCAACAGCACCCUCACUUGUGCUUGAUGAGCUGCCGAAGCGGCCAAGUUCCGACUGUGGAAGGCCGGAGCGCGCCCCGGCGAUAGGCGAUGCCUCGUGGCCCAAGAUCGCCGCCAGGGCAGCCGAGCCACCGUCUCUCUUCAGGUUCCAGAGCGGCAGACCCAAGGAUGGUACGGCUGCGGAACGGACCGUCACUGUUCAGCCGACGUUUCCUGGCCAGGAUUCCCUCAUGUCCCCGCGCGCCGAGACGAUGACCAAAACCCCGCUUCACGCGUUUCCUCACGCGAUCGGAGUGCGGUUUGCUGACGCACCUUCAACCACAACAGACGGCCUCUUCUCACCGAGGCAGUCGAUGUUCCCCCGAGACCCGUUCACUUUCUUCGGAAAGAUCGUGCCCAUCGGCCGACCCCCCCAAGUGGCCGACCCUCGGAGCCCGCCUACGAUUGGAGAGGCGCCGAUCGUCCGUUCUAUUGACGACAUGUUAUGA